AUGGGAAAAUUAACUGGAAAAGUUGCCAUUGUAACGGCUUCAUCUCACGGCAUUGGGCUAUCAAUAGCGGAGCGACUUGCUGAAGAUGGCGCUAAGGUCAUGAUAAGCAGCCGAAAAAAACAUAAUGUUGACAAAGCCGUACAGACGUUGAAAAACAAAGGACUAACUGUGUCAGGAGUAGUAUGUCACGUGGCGAAGAAGGAACACAGGAAGAAGUUGAUUGAACAGACGGUGAAUGAGUUUGGAGGGAUCGAUCUUCUUGUUUCGAACGCAGCCGUCAACCCUAUAUUUGGUCCUAUUCUAGAUACCACGGAAGAAGCCUGGGACAAAAUAUUCGAAGUUAAUGUCAAAUCAACAUUUUUCCUUAUCAAAGAAGUUGUGCCGUACAUGGAAAAGGAAGGGGGCGGAUCAAUAGUCAUUGUUUCGUCGGGUGUAGGCUACAUACCACUAUUAGGAUCUGAGUUUAUGGGCGCAUACGCAACCAGUAAAACUUCAUUGCUCGGAAUGACGAAGGCCCUAGUCCGUCAACUAGCCCGGAUGAACAUACGUAUAAACUGCCUAGCACCGGGGAUUAUCAAAACCAACUUCAGUGAAAUUCUUGUGAAUCAAGAAGGCGAAGGGAUAAUGAAACUAAUCCCUUUAAACAGAUUUGGGGAGCCGCAUGAAUGUGCGGGAAUUGUUUCUUUCCUUCUGUCCGGAGACGCCUCGUUCAUUACUGAUGAGACAGUUAGUGUUACGGGAGGAGCUUCCUCAAGAUUGUGAAUGAAAAACAAAAAUGAAGGCUGGCAAGAGAUAGCAUUUCAACAUAUGAAGGGAAAAUGUUUCAUUUUCAUUAUCAACACGGCCCAAGUUAAGCCUUACAUGUAAUUGCUGAUCUUAAUAGUCAGGU